AUCGGCAUUUGGACGAAGAAGGUUAAUUUAAAUUUUUCGGUUAACACCGCGAAGAAGCUUUUUUCCAUGCGAGACAGCGUAUUAUUUUGCGAAUAAUAAAUAAAUGUGUGAAUGGAAAUAAUUAGAGAGUAGUUGAAACGUAAGAAACAUUUAUUCCUUGAAGAUGAAUGAUAAACGCAACGGGAAAAAAGUGAGAAAACAACAUAUACAAGUCUUCGUUCGUGUCAGACCGACGAACGAUGCUGAAAGGGCUGGAAAGUCAGUGACAGUGGUGGACACGGUGUCUAAUAGAGAAUUAGUUAUCCGCGAAAAACCAUGCGAUAAACGCACAAAAAAAUUCACUUUUGACAGAGUAUUCGGGACAUUUUCAAAGCAGCUUGAAGUAUACAAUGUAGUUCUUCGACCAUUGCUGGAAGAAGUUUUGGCUGGAUAUAAUUGUACGGUACUUGCUUAUGGCCAAACAGGUACUGGAAAGACCUUUACUAUGGAAGGAUUUGAUAAUAAUCCAAUGCUAAAUUGGCAAGCAGAUAGUAACGUUGGGAUUAUACCACGCUCUUUAAGCCACUUGUUUGAUGAACUCCGUACCUUAGGAGUGCAGGAGUACUCGGUCAGAGUCAGUUUCCUAGAACUCUAUAACGAGGAAGUGUAUGAUUUAUUAUCUGUUAAUGAUGGAGCAGCAAAAAUAAGGAUAUAUGAAGAUUCAACCAAAAAGGGAGCAGUGAUAGUAAAUGGUUUGGAGGAAGUGACUAUAUAUAAUAAGAGUGAUGUAUAUAAAAUCCUCCAGAAAGGAUCAGAAAAACGGCAGACAGCAGCUACAUUGAUGAACGCUAAUUCUAGUCGAUCUCAUACAAUAUUUUCCAUCACCGUUCAUAUAAAAGAGAACACCAUUGACGGUGAGGAGCUCUUGAAGACAGGAAAAUUAAAUCUAGUUGAUUUAGCGGGUAGUGAAAAUAUUGGAAGAUCCGGAGCCGUUGAUAAAAGAGCAAGAGAAGCGGGCAACAUCAACCAAUCUCUGUUAACCCUAGGACGAGUGAUAACGGCACUUGUAGAAAAUACUCCGCAUAUUCCUUAUCGAGAAUCAAAGUUAACACGAUUGCUUCAAGAAUCGUUGGGAGGCCGUACCAGAACCUCAAUAAUCGCCACAGUGUCUCCUGCUAGCAUUAAUCUUGAAGAGACAUUGUCAACUUUGGACUAUGCACAUCGCGCAAAGAAUAUUACGAAUCGACCAGAAAUUAAUCAAAAAUUUUCAAAGAAAGCAUUACUUCUAGAAUACACAGAGGAAAUCGAAAAAUUAAGGAAAGAUUUAUUCGCAACCCGCGAACGCAACGGCGUAUAUUUGGCUCCAGAAGAUUAUAACGAAAUGCAGUCAUUGAUAGAUUUUCAGAACAGAGAAAUAGAAGAAAAAUUGAAUCAUAUUAAAGCACUGGAAGACACUUUGCACUACAAAGAGCAAAUAUUUAAUGAUUUGAAAUCGAAAAAUUCGAUACAAGCGAAUGAAUUAUUGAAUAAGAAGGAUCAGCUAGAAACAACGGAGCAUUCAUUAAUGAAUGCAACAUCGCGUCUUGCGAUUUCAGAACAAGAAAAAGAAGAACAGAAACAUCUUGUAGAAAAACACGCAUUAACUGAAAAUGUUCUUCUAUCACAAGUUGGAUCAGUUUUGGAAGUCGUAGACACGGCUACUACAGACGUGCAGAAACUCCACGAUAAAAUUUUUCGGAAAAUGCAAACAGGACAACGGAACAGUUCUCUUGGACAACAAACUAAGCAUAGUAUCAAAGAACGUUGCAGAAAAGUUGAAGCUGAUGUUUCAACGCAUGCAAAAAAUAUGACAGAAUUCUGUCAAUCUUUGGGUUCCUAUAUCAAUGAACAAACGCUUUUCUUGGAAGAACGUAUUAACCAAUCUUUUAAAGAUAUUUCCGAUAAUUGUAUUAUUCCAACUAAAAGUGUAACGGAUGAAUUGACAAGACAGACAGAAGAUUCCCGUUCGAGAUAUCAAGAAUGCCUUGAAAAAGAACUUGGCAUUGUGACUACUAUGACUGAGCAAGAGUGUAAUAUAAACAACAGUUGUUCCAUUAAAGCAAAGAAACUACAACAGGUGAUAGACAAUAAAAUUGCUGAACAUUUAAAAAAUUUUCAAACCAGUAUCUCUCAAAGAAUCGAUAAUAUUACAACAACAGCUAUCAGAUCUUUAAGUUUAAUUUCACAAUCGUCAAUUAAUGAGCGUCAUCGUUUAGAUAAUAUUGUUCAGGAUAUUAGGGGAAAUAUUGAAGACAUUCGACAAAGUCAAAAUGGUAUUAUGGAGAAGGAAUUCAACUUUGCAAAGAUGAUGGAGGAAUUACAAAAUAGUUUCUACGAGCUACAAAGCGAAGAUAAGGAAAUUCAUUCAUCCAUUAGCAAUAAAUUGAACAAUGUUGAUGAAACGUGUAAUGUUAUAAAUGACGAAAGUACAAAUGCAUGUAAAAUAAAGACAGAGAAAGAAAAUAAUAUACAAGUGAAACUCCAGAAUGACUUAGAAAUAAUUAAACAAAUGGUCUCGGAAGAAACAGAGAAGAUGAGCAGAAUAUCACAAGAUUCGGUUGCUGAAGCUAAAGCACUAAUCAGCGAAUUUCAAGAAAACCUAAACAAUAAUUGUGACACGUUAGUUAAAUACCAAAAUUGCGUAAAAUAUUACAUGACAGAAAUACAACGAAAAAUGAAAGAAGAUGAAAGCCUUAUUUUAACAUUAAUUAACGAUGUAUAUACGAUAGUUUUUAAUGCAGGUAACGAACGUUCAAGAUCCUUAAACAGUUUGAAAUCAGCGUUCGUAGAAGCUUGCACCGCAAUUAAUGAAACACUGGAUCAUGAAAAUCUACAUCUCGGUAACGAGAAUAGUAAAAUUAUUGCAGAAUUGCAAGCAAUACGUGACCGAGUUGAAAAAUUCUUCGUUGAAGAUUUAUAUCGUGAUAUUCCCACAGGUCAGACUCCUGUGAAGAAAACCUUUCAAUAUUCUAAAAUUCUUGCUAAAACGUCUCCGCCAGAGCGUAUACUUCAAAGGUAUAGAGAAACACUGAUGGAAUUAAAUACUGAAGAAAAUGAACAAAUCUCAUCUUUAAAUAACAACACAACUAUCAAGGAAUCUUUGAAGGAAAAUUCGUAUGAGGGCUGAAGAUAUGUAGCUCGAAUAAUUUUAUUAUAAUUGUAUUAUAACUAUUAUAAACAGUACGAUAAAUAUUA